ACUACAUGCUGGUGCUCGCGUGCGUGCCGUGGCGAUCGCGGCGCACCCCCGCCGAGACGUGACCCACCCCGCCCAGGCGUUACCAUGACCCAGGGCGCCAAGGAUGCCCAAGAGGCUCCCAGGAUGCCCCCUCCGUAGCCAUUUUGGCUCAAGCCAUUUUGGCUCAAGCCAUUUUGGCUCAAGGUCUUCUGCUCGAGCUACACGCCCGUAGCAAAUCCAAGGCCGAUCAGAGGACUUGCUUACGAGCGUACACCGUCUCAAGCAUGGGAGUUUGUGCGAGCUCGGGAGCUAAGAAGUCUGUUGCGAACCCCGCGGUCAAGGAGUCGUCGCCACCACCAAGCAAAGUCGAGGUACUCGGAUUACCAGUCUCGCAGAACACGAUGGGUCCAGUUUUGCUCGCCAUGGACUGUGGGAAGGGUGGUCUGGAGAUGUGCGACAUCAUGAAAGGCGAGCAGAUGAAACCUGAGUUUCUGGCCAUGAACCCGUUCCACCACAUCCCGACCAUGAAGGAUGGAGGUGUCAGCAUCGGCGAGUCUACUGCCAUUCUCCGCUACAUCGCGAUGAAAGUACAAGACCGAGUACUCACCACUUGCCGGAACCCGUCGCGUGUGGCAAGAUCGAUUCGCCCUGGACUCUUCACUACUGAGGUGAACGAGACAUGCCACUACCACACGCUGUACUCGUUUUGGGGUCACUCAGCUCCAGCAGACCAGAAGGCUGCGAACGAUAAGUACAGCGAGCUAUUGGAUGCCUGGCUCAAGCAUUUCCUGCAGGGCAAGUUCGUGAACGGUGACAAGCUCAGCAUCGCCGACUUCAAGGCUGUGCCAUUCCUGAUUGCUGGUUUGCAGCCAGCGGUGGAGUCAACAAUUGGCUUGAAGCUUCCUGACCGCGCAAAGCAGUACGUCGAGGACUUCUGUGCAGCUGUACCGUCGUCGGGCAUGCUGAAGAGCGCUGGAGGCUACUCUAUUGUGGAGUUCCUUGCAAGCAAAGCGCCAGAUGCGAAGGCAGCAGUCGACAGCUACACUAAGGUGGAGUAUAUCGCGGAGCCAACACCAGAACCUUCGGGUGGUAUGAAGGUAUUCGGAUUACCAGUCUCGCAGAACACGAUGGGUCCAGUUUUGCUCGCCAUGGACUGUGGGAAGGGUGGUCUGGAGAUGUGCGACAUCAUGAAAGGCGAGCAGAUGAAACCUGAGUUUCUGGCCAUGAACCCGUUCCACCACAUCCCGACCAUGAAGGAUGGAGGUGUCAGCAUCGGCGAGUCUACUGCCAUUCUCCGCUACAUCGCGAUGAAGUACAAGCCCGAGUACUACCCUGUGGACGACCCAGUCGCGUGUGGCAAGAUCGAUUUCGCCCUUGACUCUUUCACUACUGAGGUGUACGAGAAAGGCCACUACCACACCGUGUACGUCGUUUUGGGGUUCACCUCAGCUCCAGCAGACCAGAAGGCUGCGAACGAUAAGUACAGCGAGCUAUUGGAUGCCUGGCUCAAGCAUUUCCUGCAGGGCAAGUUCGUGAACGGUGACAAGCUCAGCAUCGCCGACUUCAAGGCUGUGCCAUUCCUGAUUGCUGGUUUGCAGCCAGCGGUGGAGUCAACAAUUGGCUUGAAGCUUCCUGACCGCGCAAAGCAGUACGUCGAGGACUUCUGUGCAGCUGUGCCGUCGUCGGGCAUGCUGAAGAGCGCUGGAGGCUACUCUAUUGUUGAGUUCCUCGCGAGCAAAAUGCCUGCGUAGGCAGCUGUCAGCAAUGUAACAGGCGACCCCUGAGCUGUUGAAAGCAGCCUCGUGAAAGUUCACGGUUGCAUUGCUGUGCGGGAGUGGUACAGACUAGAUCUCUUCCUCGAGCCAACGGUGUAUUUGGCACUUGUGCUUCGCGGUAAGGCUCUUGCGUUCGGUCCUCGUUAUUUGCAUCCGUGACUCCUUGCAUCCCUAGUUCCUCCUCCUUCUCCUCCCGCUCCCUCCUCUCUGGUUGUGGACCCUUUCCCCGCCUAAUGGCCCCCUCGUGGACCUCCCCCUCCUCCGCACCUGGCAGCAGGCAGCACACGUCCGUCGUUCUUCGGUGCCCGAAGCCUGUACAUCGGCUGGUCGGAGGGAGGCACGAAGUCUGGCCCCGACAGACGUGUCCAGCUCUGCUCUCCAAUUUUCCUGGCAGUCGUUGGCAGUGAGAAGCCUGAUUUGCAAGCGCUAUGGCACAGGGAGGUGUAUCAAAGUUCCCUGUCACAUGACAGCCAGCGUGGGCCCCGAACAUGGUGCUUCUUGCUGUUUGUGUUUUUUGUUUUCUGCUCCCCACUCUACAGCUCGAGAUUAGGGGUCCACGCUGGCAGACCUGCUGAUUUAUUAUGCUUUCAGUUUCAGUAACUGUUUGAUUUUCCCGAGGCAUGCGUCCGCGGGUCGGGCUCACGCUGGAUGCGUUUGCCCGCAUUUUGUGUCGAGUGGUUCCCGAAGUCCUAGAUACAUGAUGGGCUCUGGAAUGCGGCAUACUCGCUCCGUGUACCUCGGUUUUGCCGUGUUGUGCGCAA